AAAUGGACCGCGCCGCCGCUCUGCCGUUGCUACCGCCGCUGCUGCUGUCACUACCGCAAUAGUCCCGCUCCACUCCGAGGCUUCCCAAACCCCAGGUGUCCAGCGGAGCUUCCUGGAGGACUAAACUAGCGGGAGGCGGGGUGGAGGUGGUGGAGUAGCUAUGUAGAUCUCGGGGCGGCUCUCUCCUGCCGCCCACUGCCAGGAUCCAUCCCUCCUGAAGCGAAGCAGAGACUCCUAGAGUGCCGGAGGGAGCGAUAAUUGUUGUUGUUUUUUUUUUUUUUAAUUUGAAUUUUAUUUUAAUUCCAGAGAUUUUGGAGAGGUACCUCUCCUCCCCACUUCCCUUCCUCUCCCUUCCCUCUUCAGCAGGCCAGUAACUUAGAACUGGAGAAGGUCCUAUCUUUCUCCCUCUCUGUAUAGUCCUUUGAGUUGUUAGAAAUGGGGUUGGGUAUAAAUAUUUCGGCAGCAGCGGCCCUAUAAAGCGAUCUCGGCAAGGAGAGGAGCGCAGGAGGAGAGAGCUGGAGGCUGAGUUUGCCACUGCGCCUUUUGGAUGCUGCUGUUGCUACCGCCGCCGCCAAGGAGACUUGCCGCAUUCCAACAGGAACUCUUCUCCCGACUCAACAUCGCCACUGACGCCUGCCCAGACACCCCUCCAGCAUCCAUCGAUCGCCCUGGUGGGAGCUUAAAAAGCAGCAGAAGAGGGGUAGGAGGGAGGAUAGACCAGAGAAAAAGGGAGAAAUGGAAGGCAGGGGAAUCUGCUGAGCUGACACGACACCCAGUCCUGUUCUUAUGACGAUUUAGGGCGGGGGAAAAGGGUUGCCCCCCCAAGGCAAUGUUGAAGUUUGCCAGAACAGCUUUACCUUGAGAGGAAAGAAAAACAGCCUCCUCCCUCCCUCAACAGAACAGAGCCAGGUGCUGCUGGAAAGGGAAUUCCAAUUUGAGAAAAGACUAGGUAGGGGUGAGAGUAGAUUGAUAGGGCCCAGAUUAGGUUCCCUUCUUCCCUUGAGUUAUUUUCCCCAAGGGGUGGUGAUUUAAACUCUAGGUGGGGGGUGGGGGGCACUUGGUUAUCCUCCCCCCCCUUCCAACAUCUUCACUAUUCCAGUUCCUCCCCCACUCUCUGCUCCACACUCUUCCACCCAGCUUAGACCAUGACGGUGAUGUCCGGAGAGAACGUGGAGGAGGCUUCUGCUGCCCAGGGUCAUCCCCAAGACAUCAGCUAUCCAAGGCCAGCAGACCAUGACGACCAUGACUGCUGUGAAAGGGUGGUGAUCAACAUCUCUGGGCUGCGUUUUGAGACACAACUUAAGACCCUGGCACAGUUCCCCAACACAUUGUUGGGGAAUCCCAAGAAACGCAUGCGAUACUUUGACCCUCUGAGAAAUGAGUAUUUUUUUGAUCGCAACCGGCCCAGCUUUGAUGCCAUCCUCUAUUAUUACCAGUCUGGAGGGCGUCUGCGUAGACCUGUCAAUGUGCCCCUGGAUAUGUUCUCUGAGGAGAUCAAGUUUUAUGAGUUGGGUGAGGAAGCCAUGGAGAAGUUCCGAGAGGAUGAGGGUUUCAUCAAAGAGGAAGAGCGUCCAUUGCCAGAGAAGGAAUACCAGCGCCAGGUGUGGCUCCUCUUUGAGUAUCCUGAGAGCUCAGGGCCUGCUCGGGUCAUUGCUAUUGUGUCAGUCAUGGUAAUCCUCAUCUCAAUAGUUAUUUUCUGCCUGGAGACCCUGCCUGAGCUAAAAGAAGAGAGGGAAUUCAGCACCUUUCAACCAAGUGACAACACAACAAUCUACUACAAAUCCAACAUUUUUACAGAUCCCUUCUUCAUCGUGGAAACAUUAUGCAUCAUCUGGUUUUCCUUUGAGCUGGUGGUACGCUUCUUUGCUUGUCCCAGCAAAACAGAUUUCUUCAAGAACAUCAUGAACUUCAUUGACAUCGUGGCCAUCAUCCCCUACUUCAUCACCCUGGGCACUGAAAUGGCAGAGCAGGAAGGCAACCAGAAGGGUGAGCAGGCCACUUCGCUGGCCAUCCUAAGAGUCAUCCGAUUGGUAAGGGUUUUUAGAAUCUUCAAACUGUCCCGCCAUUCCAAGGGUCUCCAGAUCCUAGGUCAGACUCUCAAGGCUAGCAUGAGAGAGCUAGGUUUGCUCAUCUUUUUCCUUUUCAUUGGGGUUAUCUUGUUUUCUAGUGCUGUAUACUUUGCAGAGGCAGAAGACGCUGAGUCUCACUUCUCAAGCAUCCCCGACGCUUUCUGGUGGGCUGUGGUGUCCAUGACCACUGUAGGAUACGGUGACAUGUACCCUGUGACAAUUGGAGGCAAGAUCGUGGGCUCCUUGUGUGCCAUCGCUGGUGUGCUGACAAUUGCCCUGCCUGUACCUGUCAUUGUGUCCAAUUUCAACUAUUUCUACCACCGAGAAACUGAAGGGGAAGAGCAGGCUCAGUUGCUCCAUGUUAGUUCCCCUAACUUAGCCUCUGAUAGUGACCUCAGUCGCCGUAGCUCCUCUACCAUCAGCAAAUCCGAAUACAUGGAAAUUGAAGAGGAUAUGAAUAAUAGUAUAGCCCAUUAUAGACAGGCUAAUAUCAGAACUGGCAACUGCACCACAGCUAACCAAAACUGUGUUAACAAGAGCAAGCUCCUGACGGAUGUUUAAAAAAAAAACAAAACUAAAAACAUCACACACACAUACACAGACACACACACACAGACACACAGACACACAUACACACACAGACCCUUCCCCCCACAAAUUUCACUUAGUAACUUGAAAGACUUAAUAGAAAAAAACCUCAAACGACAAUAACAACAAAAAAACCUAGUGACUUAUGUCACACUCUGUAGAUACUUUACUAAAUAGUCUUUGAAUGCUCUAUUGACCUGUAAAUGCAUUAUCGCAUUGCAGAUUUUUUGGCUCAGAGAACCAGAAGCUUUCAGGAUCCAUAAAAAAUACUAUUUUCAUUUUAUUAAAAAAAGAAAGAAAAAGAAAGGGUAUUUUCCAUAACUGGUAAAAAAACGAACAGUCUUUGAACUAGUCUAGGUAAAAUAGGACUCAUAUGCUUCUCUAUAUUGAAAUGUUUUUCAUCCCUCUGCUUGUUUAACUUAAUUUUAAAGAAAUAUUUAAAAACAGAUGAUCAUUUAAAAAUAUAAAAAAAUGAAAUAUGCAUGGGACUCCAGUUAAAAAUCUCUGCAAACUGCACAGUGACAGUGUAUCAAGAAAGUGUAUCAACUAUCCAUACAUAUAAAAUAUAUGUAUAAAUGAAUUGACCAAAAAGCAUAGUGAAUAUUGGCCGUUUUUAUUUGAAUCAGCUGAAGUGUAACUAUCCUCUUGAAAAAUCAGAUAGUAAUGAAUGGGCCAUAUAGCACCUUAUAAACAUAAUAUUGGGAUGGAUCUCCAUUGAUCUUCCACUCUUUGCCCCAUUCUUCCUAAAUCAAGGUGUUUUUUGUUUGUUUGUUUGUUUUUUUAAGGAAAAAAAAUCAAUCAAGACAUCUGCAAUGCUGCUAAGUUUUCUUAACUGCAGAUGAACUGCACAUAAGGUUUUUUUCUUCCCCUAUUAGAGCUCCUUACCCCUUCACUUAAAAGAACUGGAUGCAAAACUUUUGUUCCCCCCUCCCUCUAUUGCAAGAGAGAACAAAUGGAGUUUAAUGUAGGCAUGUUUGAAUUUGACACUAUUUAUUUUAUAAUCGCAUGCGGGGAUCAUUACCUCAAACAAUAGGGGAUAAGCUUUCUUUUGAACUGACUCUUCUAAAAAUAAGCCCUUUUUCAUUUGCAUUCACCAAAAGUGCACUCCUUAAUUUAUUACCUAUUUUAUUAGUAAUUUAAAGUACUGUAUUUAAGUGCAUAUGUUAGUCAAAUGGGAACAAUACUUUUUUUUUUUUUUUUUUUGGAGCUCAAAGCAUGUUCUAUUAUUCCGCAUCAUGGCCUAUUUGACUAGGGUGUAACUUGAAUUCAUUAAUGCAUGAUUUCAGUAAGAAAAACAAAAUAAGUAAAAAAAAAGUUUAUGAUAUGAAGGGCCCAAAUAAAAUGGAGAGAAGGAUUCAGUGAAUUUUCCUGCCUUAGCUCAGGGAAAUGUUUGGUUUCUGUCCAGGUGUUGUCAGAAAGAGGAUAAAAUAUUCCCAUCCCUUACAGGGAAAGUAUAUGGAAAAAAAAAGUUAAGUUAUAUAUAGCAACACCUAAGAAACAGUAUCCUCUAUAGCUAAAUACAAAAACAAACAAAACAAAAAAUGGUGCAAUACUGCAUGCUUUUUGGUGCAUUCUUAGAAUGUAAAUGAAACUCUUUAACUAAUGUGCGCAUCCAAAUUAUAGAUAAUUUCUUUUUGCAGUUAUGAUUUGAGGUCUUUAGAGACUUUGGUACUCCCUUUGAGAACUUAUUGAAGAAAAUCAAUUUAUUUAAAUAGUUGCUUAGUGCCUUUAUCCUGCACCCACUGAAUUGCAGAAAGUGCCUCCAUUAAUACAGCUGCAAAGUUAAAGAGGGGUAAAAGGGGAGGAGCUGGGGCAUCUUUUUUUUUUUUUUUAAUUUUUCACCCUCACCACCUUCCCUUCCUCACUGCUCACUCCCCCCCCCCCCCAUCCCCUCCACCAACAUGAGAAGACUACAUUAUACUGACUCUUGGAGAGACAAGACAACAAGGACAACGAUGUCCUAUGGCAUCAAUGGACUUGCUUCUCUUUGGUAGUCUGAUGUUGACAGUGACCUGAGGCCUGAGACACAGCUUCUGAGUGAACGUGGACAAUAAACUCAAUUUCUCCUUUCCUCUUCUUCUAAAAAACGGAGAGAAAUGCUUUGGGAUUUUGACUUCUGCCAGAAUCUCUAUGAAGUUUUAGCGUCUCCUUAGAUCAUGAACAGGUACUUUUCUACGUCUCUCAUAUUUCCCUCAUAUUCUUACUCCCCUGUUAUUCUGGAAUCCAGAAUAAUUCAAUAAGUAACUUUUUCCUGAUCUUCCCACCUCAACUCCUUUAGUUUUCUAGUUAAACCUUUUUUUUUCUUUCUACUCUCUUUUUUAUCUAUCUGUCCCCAUCUCCAUUAACUGAACACCUUACAACCCCUGCCCCAAUCACCAACCUCACAGAGUGAUGGUCUGCUUAUGGAUCAGCUAAAGGAAAGGAAUGUAUAGGUCCUUGGAGACAAACAGCUGUCACUUAACUGAGAGGCACUCAAAAAUCUUUAAGGACAUAUAGGUGGGGAUGGAGCUUCAUUUUGAAUUUAGCAUGAGGCUGCCGGCUGCUGACCACUUCCUUCUCCUGUCCUGCUUUGUAUAGGGAAUCUCUCCCCUUCCUCUCUCCCUUCUGCCCUUCCCUCCUCUCUAGGCAGUACAGUAAGGCACUUAACACAAUAUAAUCGUGCACAAGGCUUACUUGCUGAGCUAAGCAAAAUAAUUUAGACAUUUUCUUUGCUUGUUUGGCUUCUAUGAGCCUGAAGGAUGGAUACAAACAGACACACCCUAUAUGAAGAAGGAUGGAAAGAAUAUGACCUUCCUGUGAUAAUUGGAAGGCACUUGACUAUAGGAUGAGAAACCUCUCCAGAAUGAGCCUGUGGUGCUUCCUCCCCAUCCCCCACUUUACCUCAAUAGUCAUUCAUCACUCUUUCCUUCGAUCUCCCCUCCCCUCUAAAACUCCCUGUUUAGGGGAGAAAAAAAAGUCCACCCUCAAAAACAACUACAAAACAACUAAGAAUGUUCCAAUGGUUCAUCUCCACUCAGAAGUCUAGAACGCACAACUUCCUGUGUUCAACUGCACUCAGUCAACAGCAAUAAUCCAUUCAGUGCUGUGGGAUGAAUGCUGAAAGGACCAGCAAAUAGGACCAAAGCAGAUGUGACUGAUUGGCUACUAGGUGUCUCUAGUAGUUGAAAACCUUCACCUUUGCCUGUCCACUGGACUGAUGACUCUGCAUGUGUUAGUGGAGAAAAAGAUAUGUGGAUGGGCCUGUUGACCAGGGUUUGGGGUGAGUUCUAAAGAGUUUGGGGGUGGUAUGGGGAGUCUGGAUGUCCCUUACUCAUUCUUAAUUCAUUUCCAGAAUUCAACAAGGAUGGCUUAAAGGGAUUAUUUUGUGUAGUAUAGGCAUGCAAAGUUUGACAAAAACUCUUAUUCCUUGCACUACAACAGGGCUGAAAUGUAUUUGUAGACCUGAAGGUGCACUUAACAAAGCUGCCUGUUAAGGAAUUGAAUUAAUACCCUUUAGCUUAUUUGUUUAUUUAUUUAUUUAUUUUUUGACUGGCUUUUGUCCUUUUCCUUUCCUUCCCCAGAGACUGAUAUGGCUCAUGUUCUGAAUAUUCUCCAGGGGGAGAAAACUUCAGAAAGGCUGAUAUGCACAAAUCAGCCCUUCUAGAAUUUAGGGGCCCUAGUUUAAUAGGGCAAAAUGUUGGUCCCUGCCAGUGCUGUUAGUGUACCAAGAAGCUCUGAGAGGAGCUAACUUAACUAGACAGAUUUGAAGUGACCAAAGAAAUUAUAUCACCUCUGUCCUUGAAUGUGUAGAAGACAGAUUAUAGCCAUAAACCUGUUCUGUUAUUUCUUCACUUGCUGUGUCCCACCAAAAAAAAAAAAAAAGUUGAUGUCAUUAAAUAAGUCAUUCAGUUUCUUGGUAGUGGGUUAGCCCAAUGAAACCAAGUUAAGCAGCAGUAAUUUCUUGAAGUUAUGGCUAAUGGACAAUCAUUUCCUUAAAAAAAGGAAUUUGUAUAGAUGGUUUAGUUCCCUUUACAGUAGAGCUGAAGCACAAAGGGAAAUUACUAUCCUAACUCACUUAGAAAUAAUAAUCAUCAGACAUUAAGUGAGGGAUGUGUUUCCCUAAGUAGAAUUUUCAUUCCAUUGGAGGAGAAAGGGCCUCUUUUAUUUCAUGCAUCACAUUCAGAUUUUCUAAAUAACACAAAACACAUCUGAAGGAAGCAGGAAGUAAAGGUCCUAUCCCAUCCCCCAUUUAUUGUGAGAGAUCUAGCAACAUGCACUCAUAAUUUUAACUUCUUGUUUGGUUAAUAGAUAAUUCAGUUGGAUAAAACAGAAAGAAUGAAAGAAAGACUGAGCAGAAGGCAAUUCUCCUUUCUCUUCCAGGAAUGGCAUAUUCUUGGGAGUGGUGAGAAUUGGUGGGUGGUAACCAUCCAUUGUACAAUUUGUUAGGAAAGAUGCAACUGCCAAACAAUUGAUCUGAAUUGUUUAAAGCAGGAAACUAAAUCGUGAGGAGUUUGGUAUGUCAGGCCUGGUUAAAGAAAAAUAAACUUGAAAUCAGGAAUAAUAUAUAUUGGUUGGUGGCAUUAGGAAAUAGAAUCCCAUCUGUCAUUCAGAUUAUUUUACUUGUGUUUAUAUGAUAGAACUUUGAGAUAUAUGUAAAAUUUCUCUUCCUCAUCACUCAGGCAAGCUACCAAUAAAUUUACACACUUCAUUUUGCAAAAAAGUGAAUGAUGUGUUAAUUAACUAAAGCUCCACAUCUACUCUGAAUGAGCUUCAAGGUUAGGGUUUCUGUUUGAAAUCUAAAUCUUUACUUAAUACAUUAUUAUUUGGAAUCAAAACCCAUCUUCCCACACAGGUAAAAGUUUUCUACUAUAAACUUCCCUGGGAGUCCCAGGACAUCCAAUAGAGGUUCUUCAGGAAGUCUUCCCACCACAAGGCUAUUAGUUUGAGGGAUAUCAGCCCUAGUUUUGAACACUUAAUUGGGAGGCUACUUGGAUUUUCUACCAUACAGAACAGAAAGUGCAAAGAAUGAAGUUUUAUAUCCCACUGUUUUGCAAAAACAAAACAUCAAACCCUUGACACAAUAAAUAGGGGUUGGGGAUUGGGAGAGGUGGGAAAGUUGGUGGGGGGAGGGGAUAAAGAGGGAUGAAAUCUCAUGUGUAAUAUGCCAUUUGAAAAGUUUUUCUUUCCAUUGACAUGCAGAAGCACUUUUAUUCUCUAAUGCACUGUUUGGAAAUCAUGUAUUCAACAGCUGCAGGUAGAUAAUAUGGACUGUAUAUGACAUACCUCUGGUUUUAAAAAUAAAGUAUUAAUCACCAAGGUUAAAAUAGAAAAUGAAUAGUAUUAAUUUAAAGUGCACCAUCAGGGCAACAAACCAUUGAAGCUGACAAAGCAGUAUUUUGCUUCCUGAGUUUGCAAACUGCUAACCUCGUUUUCAGGUUACUGCUCAUUUCCCCCUCUCCUCACAAAGCUCUUUGAUUUAUCAGUUAGAGGACAUUGAAUGUUACAGUUGAGAGCCUAACUGAAGUGCAUAGUUUUCAUCUAUGCAAUUUUCCUUGCUUCUGUCACUUUAUUAUCUGUUCAUACUUGGCAUCAAUUAAAGAUAAUUUUUAAGGAUCUUA